CCCCUCUCGCGCGCGCGCGCUCGCGGCCUCCCUGCUCCAGGCCUCCCGGCUUUAGCUCUCCGGAUGGAGCCUUUCUUGGAACGGCUCUUCGCCUGGUUCCCACCUGCAGACUUCCGGCCGGCGGCCCCCUCCGCCGCCCCGCCCCACGAGGGCGGGAGAUGCUGGCCGCCACCAAUCAUUGAGUGCGCAUGGUAGGAGAGGGUGGGGCCUGAGAGAUUCGAAAGGAGCCCCGCCCCCUCGGAGCUGAUUCCCGGGACUAGGUUGUGGAAGGAAAGCACCUUCCGCAGGAGCUCAAGUCUAAGCUGAUUCUUGCUUCUCUGGAACAUGGAAGGUUUAGAAGAAGAUGUAAAGUUUAUAGUGGAUGAGACCUUGGACUUUGGGGGGCUGUCACCAUCUGACAGUCGAGAGGAAGAAGAUAUAGCAGUGCUGGCGACUCCAGAGAAACCUGUCCGACGAGGCCUCUCUCAUCGAAGUGACCCGAAUGCUGUGGUCCCCGCCCCCCAGGGUCUGAGGCUCAGCUUAGGCCCCCUCAGCCCAGAGAAGCUGGAAGAAAUCCUCGAUGAGGCCAAUCGGCUGGCAGCUCAGCUGGAGCAGUGUGCCCUGCAGGAGCGAGAGAACACGGGCGAGGGCCCAGUGCCUCGAAGAGUGAAGCCCAGCCCUCGGCGGGAGACCUUUGUGCUCAAGGACAGUCCUGUCCGAGACCUGCUGCCCACGGUCAGCUCUCUGGCUCGGAGCACUCCCUCCCCCAGCAGCCUGACACCCCGCCUCCGCAGCAGUGACAGGAAGGGGUCAGUCAGGGCUCUUCGGACGACAUCUGGAAAGAGGCCCCCCAGCGUGAAGAGGGAGUCGCCCACUUGCAGUCUGUUCCCUGCAUCCAAAAGCCCAGCGUCUUCUCCUCUUGCCCGAUCAACUCCUCCAGUCCGGGGGAAAGCUGGGCCCAGUGGGAGAGCAGUAGCAAGCCCCCCGACCCCCGUCAGACCAGUCCUAACCCCACAGCCUUCUACCAGCAAUUCUCAGCGCCCGUCUCGGACACAGGGAGCCACGGCUAAACCUUCCAGUCGACUACCGGUUCCAUCGGCCAUUCCCCGGCCCGCCAGCAAGAUGCCGCUCACUGGCCGGACUGUACCAUCCAGCAAAGGUGCCCUUCCCCCAGACCCGCUGUCAGCUCGGAAAGGACUUCCAAGACCAGGUGCCACAGGGCACAAAGUUCCUGUUUCUCAGCGACCAAAUCCUCCCAUCACCAGUGUCGGCCGCAGCAAUCUGCAGCCCCCCAGGAAGGUGACAGCCCUGGGACCUACCAGGUAAAGAGAUCAGGACAGCAAGCAAGAAUUCAGUAGCAAACCACUACAGUCACUGCCUGGACUCCCCUCUGUGAGGCCUCCCAAGCCCUGUCUUUGGAGGCAGGCCUGACCCCAGCAGAUUCUGGCCCAGGGAGAGAAGGAAGAGCCUCUACCACCCACCGCUGGUGCCGCAGGAGCGGAGGCCGUGAGAGAUGGGGUGGACAAGGCUUGAACUGAAGAGGAAUGAAACUCUCUUGAGUUGAAACAAGAUAGGAAAAGGAGGUUGCCUUAAACAGAAAAUGAGAAAUGCAGGAGGGUGCUUUGUCCUCCUCUACCCGGGCUCUCUGUCCAGCUCCCGAGAGUUUGAACUUCCUCCCAGGCUUUAGUUCCCUGGGCAUUUACAUGUGAAUGGCCUUGGUAGCUAACCUCCCUGCUCUCUGAGGAGCCUGAAUCACCUCCUCUACUGGACUUGGGCCUGUUGGAAGGGACAGGCGGGCAUCUGGUCUCCAGAAUGUGCUUCCUGUGAAUUCUCUGACUCCUAAUAGGCCAGUUUAUGAUAAGCUUACUCCAUUGGUCUGCAUUUUUCUAAAAUAAAAUGAAUAUAUUUUUA